AUAGUGCCUAAUACAUUAUGAGUGAUCAAUACCAUGAAUAUUGCUCUUAUUGCUCAGAUGAUCCAGGGAUACACAGUCAUUUGUCCCUUACUGAGAAUGGAAUGCCAAUCCUCAAUAUUUUAUUCACAUACAAUGACCAUGCUGUUUUCUUGACAUUACAUCUUAUCUCUUCCAGAUUUAGAAUCAAAGUUCUCUUAAUCUGCUUUCUCACUUUGUACAUUGAUCUCAUUUAUCUACAUUUUCACAAAGGCCUCUCUGUAUACCUGGCCCUAUCUUAAUAAUUGCCUUCAAUCUUAGAGCUCCUCUGCUUUGUCUUAACUGCUCUCAUCUUCUCCAAAGCCCUUCUUCCUCCUCUUUUCCAACCUGUGUGCAUCAUAAACUUUAAGAUCAGAUUGUCUUCUCCAUGCUGUGACCAGCUGCUUUCCUCUGAGAUUAUUUUCUUUGCUUUCUUACACGUUGAAAAUCAUCACUCCAAGUAUGUUUAUUUCCAGCUCCUGCCUGAGCCUCUCUCAGCUCCUCAUAGCUGAAUCCACCAAACCCCAUCACCUGUAACCUCUAUCUUGCCCCAGUGUCUACCGUAGUCCCAGACAGAACUGGGUCAGUGAAAACAAUCAUAUUAGUGCUCCUGCCCCUUAUCUUCUGCUGUUGGGUGGGGGUGCUUCAUACUAGUCUUCUGCCACCUUCAACUCAGAUUAGGCAGCACAUUCCAUAUGCUCACCUCCACUGUGACAGCACAGUCGUGCCCUGACAUUCUGCUCAAAACUUUCCUUGCUGUGGCCCUGAGUAGGGGCUGAAUGUCCCAAUGCUGAUUCCUGCAGUCCCACUGUGGUUGUAGGGUUACAGCUGUUCCCAGCUCCCACAGGACCUCAGAUUGGACAACUCCAUCAUGGCCCUGCAGCUUAUAAGCCCUUUACUGAGAGCUAGUUUGUAGACUCUGAUAAUUAGAGGAUCCCUUUUGCAUUGCUGAUGAAUAUCUGGUUGAUUCCCACUCAUUUCCCAAUAGUGCUGAUAGCCUUACUUUGUUCUUUUCAGGCCUCACCCCUGGAGAUUGGGUCUUUUCCAUGAACUUUACCUCCAAAGGCUAAAGACCUGCUGACUGCUGCAGGCCUUGACUAAGACUGUAAGACCUGCAGGGUCUUACACCCUGUGAGAGAUUCUUGUACCCAGUGAGAGGAUGGGCUUCUCCAAUGGGGAUGCCUUAGUGCUGAUCAUCUGUUUAAAUCUGGGUUAGAGUUUGGAGCAUUUGCAUGGCUAGGAAGCCUGACAUUUUCAAUUAGAUUUGCUAAGCCAUUGCUACUACUUAAAGCUUGGACUCCUGCAUCUAUUGUCCCAUGGAUGUUCCAUUUCCAGCCCUCAACGCUACCUCUGUUUUGGUGUCCUGUCUUGUAAUAGUAACAUGUAGGCCUUCCUGAUGCAUUUGAAGAUAAGUCAUCAAUAUUUUUGUUUUUCAUUUUCAAUGCUUUUGUUUGGUCCCUUUGAAGAAUUCACUUCUAAAUAUCUUUCACUUCUAAUUUACUUUUCCCAUCUCCCCUGCUAUACUUUUCAAAUGUCAGCUUUAUUGAGAUAUAAUUCACAUAUCAUAAAAUUUGCCAGUUUACAGUGUACACUUUUUCUUCUCCUAUUAUUCUUAACAAAGGUAUACAAUAAUUAUAGGACGACCUCAAUUAAAUGAUCGGUGGAUGUGUGAGGCAACCUCAGAUACACACUAAACUUAGCUUGGGAGUCACUGAGUGUUUUUUUAACAGUUGAUGUCUCAUAAAGACAUGGGGAUACUAAUCUUUCCUUCUUAGAAGGGUUAUAAUAAUUAAAUUAUAAUCAGAGAACACACAUCUCUUUAUAGUGAAUUUAUUCAUUCUGAGUGAAGGAGUAAAAGACAAUAUUCUAUUGAUAAAGACACAUUUGACAUUUUUAAUCUAAUAUAAUAUGGAUUAGAAAAAAUACUUAUAUGGGUCAAACCAUACUUUUCAGCUGCCUGUUUCCAUUUUGAGUAGUACUAAUUAUUAUUAUCACAAUUGUAAUCCUACUGGCAAACUGAAAGUGUGGGAAAAUGCUGCCUGCUCGGGUAUUAACACUCAUUUAGGAGGCUGCAGGGACAUUUUGCAACAACAGAUGGUGCUUCCCCAUUGAAAAUAACUUAAGUAAGAGCCAAAUCGUAAUUUUUAUUUUUAAAGAAGUUUUCUUUUUAUAUUGAGUAAUGGGGAGCAUGAUUCUGGUGUUAAAAUAAUUAAAAACCAUUUAGAAUAAUUUUUAAAGUUUCAACAUUUAUUUUAGUUAUGGGGGGAUUCACAAGUAGGUUUGUGACAUAGGAAUACGUCACAAUGCUCAGGUUUGGAGUAUGGAUCCCAUUACCCAGGUAGUGGGCAUAGCACCUGAUAAGUAGUUUUAAAACCCACACCCCUACCUCUACCAUAUAGUAGUCCACUGUGUUUAUUGUUUCAUAUUUAUGUCCAUGUGUGCUUAAUGUUAGCUCCCACUUAGAGUGAAAAAAUGUGGCAUUUGGUUUUCUGUUCCUGCAUUAAUUUGAUCUAGCUCCAUCCAUGUUGCAGCAAAGAAUAUGAUUUCAUUAUUUUUAUGGCUGCAUAAUAUUCAAUGUGUAUAUGGAACACAUUUUUUUAUCCAGUCUACCAUUAAUGGACACCUGGGUUGAUUCCAAAUAUUUACUAUUGUAAAUAAUGCAGCAAUGAACAUAUGAGGGCAUGUGUAGAAGAAUAAUUUGAUUUAUUUUGUGUAUCUCUCUAUAAAACAGAACAUGGGCAAUAGGUUUAAGUUACUGAGAUGACUUUGACUCAACAUAGAGAAGAAUGGUCUAGUAGUGUAAGUCAACUCAGGAGAAAAUGUUGCACCCUAGAUUGUAAAUUGACAUAGAGUCUGGAAAACAGAGUUCACUUUUGUUCAUUGGAGUUUGAUCAUAUUUCUAGUAUGCUUUUAUGUAAAAUGUAAUUGCAUACUUUUUUUAAAGCAGAGUAUUAUCCAUAAUAAAAUACAACUACUUUGAGAGGCUGAGAAGGGCAGAUCACUUGAGCUCAGGAGUUUGAGACCAGCCUGGGCAACAUGGUGAAACCCUGUCUCUACAAAAAAUUAGUUAAGCUUGGUGGUGUAUGCCUGUGGUCUCAGCUACUCAGGAGGCUGAGAUGGGAGGACUGCUUGAAUCCAGGACGUUGAGGCUGCAGCGAGUGUGAUCAUGCCAACUGUAUUCCAGCCUGGGCGAGAGUAAGAUCAUGCCGUAAGGAAAAAUCACAACUACUGUUACUUAAAGGAAGUUUCAAAUUUAUAAUCAAAAGUCAAUGAUUAUAUGUAUUACCAACUGCAUUAAGACUAGAAUGUAAGCUGCAAUAACAGAAGUACUUAUCUAUUUUAUGUUUUGCUUUGUAGAUCACUAUUUUCCAAAAAAGUUUGACUUGUAUUACAUUUUUAAUAAACAUUUCUAAAUAAAUGAAGAAAAGACACUAUUCUACCAUGAAAAACGCAUUUGGCAUUUUUAAUCAUCAUUCAUAAGGGUCAAAACAUAUUUUUCAGCUGCUUGUUUCCAUUCUGAGUAUUACUAUUACAAGAUACUAUCUAAUUUAUUUUUCAUUAAUUUUAAUCUAUUGAAAGGAUAAUCUGUCACUGGUAUUGGAAACUGAGGAAAAUAAAGAACCACUCUUAUUUUCAUGGUAAUUACGUAAGAGAAUAUGUAAAAUUUUCUUUUAUUUUUUACUUCUACAUUUAGUGAUUUUAUGCAAAGCACUCAUUGAAUUAAUACCAAUCUGAGGUUUUGAUAUUUUUUUGCACCUCUGUGUAUUUUUGUAACAACUUUUUAUACAUUAAAUAAUUGAAUAAGACUGGAAAGGUAAUUAUCACUAACUGCACUAUAUAUUAAAACCUUUUGCCUGCUUGUUAUUAUGUCACUCAAACAGUUUAAGGAACUAAGAUAAUCUCUUUGCCUAAUUAUUGUCAAAAAUCAGAGAACUGGAGCUGUCAUAUUGGUCUCAACCAAUGAAGGAACUAAGUUGUUUUAAUUAUCAACAGACCAUAGUUAAAUUUCAGCCAAGGAGUUUGUGUGUGUAGGGGUCAAAAUAUGAAACAAAUUGACAUAGCAUUAAUAGAUGAACCUAACAGAGACCACCAAGUUUCUUUGGAAAAAGUAUGGCCAAAUAUCAAAGCACUUUCACUACUUUACUAACUAAUCAAUGUUUCCAAAUUCUUUUGGUGGAAAAAAAAAAAGCAGAGCAGAAGGAUAUAACUGUGAAGAUGGUGGAAUAUGCAACUGCAAGUGGCAUCAUUUUCACAAUCUAAGGUGCAUAAAAUAUCUAAGGUGUACUUUUGCCCCUGGUAUUGGGCGAACUGACAAUCCUGGACUUACCCAUACAUUCUUUGCACAUCAUAUUAAUCCCGGUGUUCUAUUCUGAAUAAUGUAUGAAUACCUGCAUAAGACAUAUUCUUUGACAAUGUAGAAAUCAGAUGGAUUUCGCAGUAAUAUAUUUUAUUUGGUACCUUGUAAUUGAGUCUUGUGACUGUGUAAUCAAUUAGGCAUAUUGAAAUUGGAACAUGCCAGUUAUUGUACAAGCAUCAGAAAUAAUUUAUUCAUCUGUAGGCUAUCAAAAUAAGGUAUAAAUGUAAAUGAAAGCUUGUUAAAUUUUAUCUAUGCUAUGGUUAUGGUGCUCCAGGGCCAAAUUAAGAUAGUGUCUCCUCCCUGCCAUAAUAUGGUAGCAUAUUACUAAGAAUGUAAUUCAGCUGUCAUAAAAGUCUAAGGUGCUGCAGUAAUUCUUCUUUACGAAGGUUUUAGAGGUCCAAGUUUCUUUCACUUUGCUACUCUGUGAUUCACAGGAUGUUGCCUUGAUCUCUUGAGUUGACUUACACUGCUAGAUCAUUCUUCUCUAUGUUGAGUCAAAGUCAACCCGUAAAGGAUAUAAAGGGCAAUGAACAAAUUGAAAAAUAUUCUUGGAGAGAAGCUUGUGAUAUUGGCAGCUCAAGAAUGGACAGAAAACAUGGAACAUACGUAUUGAAUGUUGAGCACUCUGUAAACCAGCUGCCAAUCCCACGUCCAAAUGACCAAGAGGCUCACAGUUCCAUACGCUGGUGUCCACCUUCAAAUGACAUAACCAGUGAUGUCUCUCCCAACUUAGCUGGGGUCUGUGUGAGCCCAGGAGUCCCUGCACAUUCAAGAUGUCUACAGUCAGAGUCCUGUAACACACAGGUAAAAGAACAUUGCCACAGUGACUGGUCUACGUGGAAAGUCUUCCUGGCUUGUCUCUUAGCUUGCGUGAUAACGACAGCAAUCGGGGUACUCAUAAUAUGCUUGCUGAAUAACAAAGGAAGUGCCAAUUCCUCCAUUGUUAUCCAGCUGUCCACAAACAAUGGAGAAUGUGUGACUGUCAAAUCGGGAGCACCCUCUACUGCUUGUCCACCUACAAUAAACACCACUUCAAGUGUACCUACUGAAACUACGACCUCAACAUCCUAACUGCCACCAAUUCCACAAGAUCUGCAACUACAGCUUCCUCUUAAUAUGUAACUUAGCCACAGCCACCACUUCAACUGAAACUUCAACCUCUACCACUUCAACUCAGCUUGCAGCUGUAACAGCUGCUCCUAUCCCUUCAAGUGCAACCACGGCUGCUGUCCCUGUAACAGGCUCUUUAACUGUUACCCUUUCAACAAAUCAAGUCCUACUUCAACUUCAACUUACUUGACAAUUCAAACAAUCACCGCUUCUACCAUCUCUUUGACUGAAUCAACGACUACAUUCUCUUCAAUUGAAUCCACAACCACUACUGCUUCCACUUAACCUAUAACUACUGUAACUUCUGCUUAGCCUGCAGUAACAAUGCUCAUCACUCUUUUCCAACAAUGUAUAAUCUCCACCUAUUCAUUUUGGGACUAAGCUCUGAUUUUUUUAUCUUGCCCAAAUUCCUUUCUAAUUGGUCUGGAGGAUCAUGCCCUACAAACCAUAAAUUCCCAUCAGAUGGGUUUUAUUUAACCCUGUAUAUUGUGACUUACUUUCCAGUUUGACUCUGGCAUAACAAGGGAAAAAAUAAAAAUGUUUUACCUCAAGAUAUAUAUUCUUGCCAUACCUUGAAAUUGCCCUGCUAAGUCUCUCUUGGGAAAAACUGCACAUUCAAUAGAGAAUACCCUUCCCCCUUUGUUUUCCUUCCUUUCUUUCCACAUCCAGGAGAUAAUCAACAAAAAGUCAGGCAGUCUUUUAGGUCUGUUAAGAAAUAUUUUGCAACCUGCUCUCUCUCUGAAGUCUGAGAUCUGAGAGAUUGCUCUGCACAGUAAAACUUAGUCACAACAAUCCUUUAUCUUAAGCUGAACAUUCCUUUCCAUUGAUCUCAGGUCUUCAGAUAAACUCAACCAACUGUCAGCCAGGACAUAUUUAAAUUUACCUAUAGGUUGGAAACUCCCACUUUGAGUUGUCCCACCUUUCUGAACCAAACCAAUGUAUUUCUUAAAUGAUGUCUCAUGCCUCCCUAAAAAUAUAUAAAACCAAGCUGUACCCCAGCCACCUUGGGCACAAGUUCUCAGAACCUCCUGAGGGCUAUGUUAUGGGCCAUGGUCACUCAUGUUUGGCUCAGAAUAAAUCUCUUAAAAUAUUUUACAAAGUUUACUCUUUAUGUCAACACAUCUGAACCUGCAACCACAAAUGCUACCGUUACCACUUAAAAUGUGAUAGAACUACCAUCAGUCAUCAGAAUGACCUGUUCUACAUUAAGUUAACUUUUAGUUAUCACUUUAGUAAUGUUAGUCUGCAACUACUCCCCACACUGGCCCUUCCCCAAAAUUGAAAUUGUACAAUAUAUGAGUCUAUUUCUGGCUGACAUGACAUUAUUACCUACAUUAAAAUCUUCUGCAAUGCAAAGGGAAUGAAAUGAAAAGUCAGCCUGCAGAAUAGGAGAAAAUAUUUGUAAACUAUAUAUCUAUAUAUUUGUAAACUAUAAGUGGUUAAUAUCUAAAAUAUAUUAGGAACUCACAUAACUCAAUAGCAGAAAAACACACCUGAUUUAAAAAUGGGCAAAAGAUUGAAAUAUACAUUUUUCCAAAGAGGACAUACAAAUGGCCAACAGGUAUAUAAAAAUGUGGUAAACAGCACUAACCAUCAGGGAAAUGCAAGUCAAAACCACAGUGAGAUACCACCUCACAGCUGUUAGUUUGACUAUUACCAAAAAGUAAAGAGAUGGCUGGGUACAGUGGCUCACACCUGUAAUCCCAGCACUUUGGGAGGCUGAGGUGAGCAGAUCAUGAAGUUAAGUGAUUGAGACCAUCUGGGCAACAUGGUGAAACCCUGUGUCUACUAAAAAUACAAAAAUUAGCUGGGCAUGGUGGUGCGUGCCUGUAAUUUCAGCUAUUGGGAGGCUGAGAGGCAAGAGAAUCGCUUGAACCAGGGAGUUGGAGGUUGCAGCGAGCUGAGAUCACACCAUUGAACUUCAGCCUGGUGGCAGAGUGAGACUCUGUCUCAACAACAACAACAGCAAAAAGUAAAGAGAUAAGUGUUAUUAAGGUUGUGGAGAAUGGGACCCUGGUACACUAUUGGUGAGAAUAUGAAUGAUACAGCCAUUAUGGACAGUAGUAUGGAGGUUCCUCAAAAAAUUAAAAAUGCAACUACCAUAUGAUCCAACAAUCCCACUUCUGGGCAUGAAAUCAGUGUUUUGAAGAGAUACCUGCAUUUCCAUGUUCACUUCAGUAUUAUUCACAGUAGUCAAGAUAUGAAACAAAUCUAAGCUUCCAUCAAUGAAUGAAUGGAUAAAGAACAUGUAAUAUAUAUAAUAUUUGUCUAUAUUCACUUUUUAAAAGGCUGAAUAGUAUUCCAUUGUGUGUGUACAUGUAUAUAUACAAACACAAUUUAUCAUAUAUAUGAUACAUAUAUACUAUGUAUGUAUGCCCAGGGGAAUAUUAUUCAGCCUUUAAAAAGAAGGAAAAUUUGACAUCUGCAACAACAUGAAUUAACUUGGAGUGUAUUAUGCUAAGUAACAUAGACCAGGGACAGAAAAACAAAUAUUGCAUCGAGUUAUUAUUAAAACUCUCAGCAAAAUGGGCAUACAAGGGACAUAUUUCAAUAUAAUAAAAGCCAUCUAUGACAAACUCAUAGUCAAUGUAAUAAUGAGGAAAAGUUGAAAGCAUUCCCUCUGACAACUGGAACAAGACAAAGAUGCGCACUCUUACCAGAAGUCCUAGCCAGAGCAAUCAGACAAGAGAAAGAAAUAAAGAGCAUCCAAAUCAGAAAAAAAAAGGUCAAACUGUCCCUGUUUGCUGAUGAUAUGAUCGUUUACCUAGAAAACCCUAAAAACUCCUCCAGAAAGCUCCUAGAACUGAUAAAAGAAUUCAGCAAAGUUUCCGAUACAAAGUAAAUGUACACAAAUCAGUAGCUCUUCUAUACCAACAGUGACCAAGCGGAGAAUCAAAUCAAGACCUCAACUCCUUUUACAAUAGCUGCAAAAAAUUAAAAUACUUAGGAAUAUAGCUAAUCAAGGAGGCGAAAGAACUCUGCAAGGAAAACUACAAAACACCGCUUUUUUUUUUUCUUAAAAUAAUUUCUUUCUCUCAGCCUUAAGGAUGAGUUCCUUCUCCUUCCUCUUGACCUUUCAAACCAUUCUCCCUACAUCAGCUAGAGGGAGCUUUCAAAAUUACAAAUUAUAUUUUGCCACUUGCGUGCUUAAAUGAAUCCUGUGGUUUCAAAUAGCUUUCAAAAUGAGACCCAGUUUGCUCCACGUGGUAUGCCUCCUCCUUCCUUUUCAACUGUCCUUGCUCUUAAGGAGCUCCCAAAAGAUUCAUCAGUCUCUUCACAGGCUGCCAGCUCUUCCUGGAACACUCCCUUGCUCUUUAUGAAGUCUUUAAAAGUCAACUUAGCUGCUGAAUCCUUCAGAAAGCCUUCCCUGUUAUCUCCAAUGGGGUUAGGUGGUUUGGCACCCUCUUGUGAAUGUCCACAGAGGUAAUACAUGCCACACCACAGUGAAAUCACCUGCCUGAGCUCACUGGCUUUUAGCUCUGAAUCCACAACACUCAGCAUACGACUUUACCUGGCACAAAGCCGAUGUCCAUAGGUAUUUGUUAAAUGAAUGAAUAAACAAAUGACUGAUUAUCUUUAAUGAAUCAAGUUUUGCCAACUAACUUGCCUCUGGUGAAAAGCACUAUGUGUCAAAAUGUUAAACAAAAUAAAGACAAAAUGCCAAAGUGUCACAUUAAAACAGAUCUCUUCAUUUGUUCAAUUAGAAAUAUGAACUAGAAAGUGAAACCACGAGGAUAUGUUGGCAUGAUUAUAGAGCCUUUAUCUAGUUCCAGUCAUGGUUGAAUAGAGAAUGUAGAUCACAAGCGGGAUUUCCAGUUCAAAGAAAAACCUGUUUUUUCUAUAGUAAAAAGGUAACUAUGGAACUCACCUAGUAGAACUUAUUUAUGUAAUGUAUACAGUUAAACUUCCCAAGCCGGCCUACUUCCAAUUAGGAAGGGGAUCUUCUUACCCCAUCUUUCUACUUCAUUUUAGAUGAACUGGCUUCUUAACUCAUACUGAUAAUUUUUUUCAAUUUGUUUACUUACCUAUAACUUCUCAAAGAAAUGACAACUUCUCACUUAGUAAAUGUUUAAAAUAUAAACAAAAGGAUAAAAAAUCAUAAAAGGUGACUGUAGUUGUCAGUGAACCUCCAUUUUGCCACAAUUCUGCAAAUCUAUUAAAUGAGAAAAUGGGACUAGAUAAUUUCUCUGAUCUCAUACCUAUUAUGCUUCAAUUAAACAAAAAAAAUUGAUUCAUUCCACAAAUCAAUAGGCUGGAGGCAUGGUUUUAAGUAGGAAGCUGACAAAUAAGGUAGAAGUUUGCUUUCUUUUUUCCUUUUCAGUAGGAAGUAGGACACCGUUACUCAAACAAUGUUUUGGAGCUAAGAAAAACUGUACCUGAGUUGGGAGGAAAAACACGGCACUGGAAGUGGUUUUGGCAGUUGCCAGAAGAGUUUCUAAUAAUUUAACCAAGUGGUUUCAACUUUAGCCAAAACAAAUGAUUCAUCUUUUUCUCUUUGGAAAUUGUAAUAUGUCAACAGUAACACUAGUGUGUGGAUGGAAGAAAUUUUAUACAGAUUACAGCAUCAUUUUCUAGUGAGGAAGACUCAUAAGAAAGAAAUUAGAGACCGGGCGCGGUGGCUCAAGCCUGUAAUCCCAGCACUUUGGGAGGCCGAGGCGGGUGGAUCACGAGGUCAACAGAUCGAGACCAUCCUGGUCAACAUGGUGAAACCCCGUCUCUACUAAAAAUACAAAAAAAAAAUUAGCUGGGCAUGGUGGCGCGUGCCUGUAAUCCCAGCUACUCAGGAGGCUGAGGCAGAAGAAUUGCCUGAACCCAGGAGAUGAAGGUUGCGGUGAGCCGAGAUUGCGCCAUUGCACUCCAGCCUGGGUAACAGGAGCGAAACUCAGUCUCAAAAAAAAAAAAGACAGAAAUUAGAUAAUUUUCAGUCAAAUGGUGGCAUGGACAAUAUUAUUGUUUUACAUAAAAAUAUAUACUCCAAAAGGCAUAGCCUACAAUGGGAAAUCAUAAUUACUGAAUUGAAUUCACUCCUGGAUAGAUGUAUCAUAGUUAACUUAGUGUUAAGUCCAAUAUUUCUUAAAAUCUGCAACUAUAAAAAACAUUAACAAAGUAACAAA